AUGGCCGCCAACGCCACCAGCGACCUCCACGCUCCCGGGACGCAGCUGAGCGUGGCUGACAUCAUCGUCAUCACCGUGUAUUUUGCUCUGAAUGUGGCCGUGGGCAUAUGGUCCUCUUGUCGGGCCAGCAGGAACACGGUGAAUGGAUACUUCUUGGCAGGCCGGGACAUGACAUGGUGGCCGAUCGGAGCCUCUCUCUUCGCCAGCAGCGAGGGCUCUGGCCUCUUCAUUGGACUGGCGGGCUCAGGAGCUGCAGGAGGUGUGGCCGUGGCAGGCUUUGAGUGGAAUGCCACGUACGUGCUGCUGGCGCUGGCGUGGGUGUUCGUACCCAUCUACAUCUCCUCGGAAAUCGUCACCUUACCUGAGUACAUUCAGAAGCGCUACGGAGGCCAGCGGAUCCGCGUGUACCUGUCAGUCCUGUCGCUGCUAAUGUCUGUCUUCACCAAGAUAUCGCUGGACCUGUACGCGGGGGCUCUGUUUGUGCACAUCUGCCUGGGCUGGAACUUCUACCUCUCCACCGUCCUCACGCUCGCCAUCACGGCCCUGUACACCAUCGCAGGGGGCCUGGCCGCUGUCAUCUACACGGAUGCCCUGCAGACACUCAUCAUGGUGGUGGGGGCUAUCAUCCUGACGGUCAAAGCUUUUGACCAGAUCGGCGGUUACGGGGAGCUGGAGGCAGCCUACGCCCGGGCCAUUCCCUCCAGGACCAUUGCCAAUACCACCUGCCACCUGCCGCGUGCAGACGCCAUGCACAUGUUUCGAGACCCCCACACAGGGGACCUGCCGUGGACCGGGAUGACCUUCGGCCUGACCAUCAUGGCCACCUGGUACUGGUGCACCGACCAGGUCAUCGUGCAGCGGUCACUGUCGGCCCGGGACCUGAACCAUGCCAAGGCGGGCUCCAUCCUGGCCAGCUACCUCAAGAUGCUCCCCAUGGUCCUGAUCAUCAUGCCAGGAAUGAUCAGCCGUGCGCUGUUCCCAGGUGCCCAUAUCUAUGGGGAGAGACACCAAGUGUCCGUCUCUCGCGCAGAUGACGUGGGCUGCGUGGUGCCAUCGGAGUGCCUGCGGGCCUGCGGGGCUGAGGUCGGCUGCUCCAACAUCGCCUACCCCAAGCUGGUUAUGGAACUGAUGCCCAUCGGUCUGCGGGGGCUGAUGAUCGCAGUGAUGCUGGCCGCGCUGAUGUCCUCGCUGACCUCCAUCUUCAACAGCAGCAGCACGCUCUUCACCAUGGACAUCUGGAGGCGGCUGCGGCCCCGCUCCGGGGAGAGGGAGCUUCUGCUGGUGGGCCGGCUGGUCAUAGUGGCGCUGAUCGGCGUGAGUGUGGCCUGGAUCCCCGUCCUGCAAGGCUCCAACAGCGGGCAGCUCUUCAUCUACAUGCAGUCAGUGACCAGCUCCCUGGCCCCCCCACUGACUGCGGUCUUUGUCCUGGGCAUCUUUUGGCGACGUGCCAACGAGCAGGGGGCCUUCUGGGGCCUGAUAGCAGGGCUGGUGGUGGGGGCCACGAGGCUGGUCCUGGAAUUCCUGAACCCGGCCCCACCCUGCGGAGAGCCAGACACGCGGCCGGCCAUCCUGGGGAGCAUGCACUACCUGCACUUUGCGGUCGCCCUCUUCACUCUCAGUGGUGCUGUGGUGGUGGUCGGAAGCCUGCUGACCCCGCCCCCACAGGGUGGUCAGAUUGAAAACCUUACCUGGUGGACCCUGGCUCGGGACCUGCCAUUGGUAACCAAAGCAGGUGAUGGCCAAAUGCCCCAGAAAUAUGCAUUCUGGGCCCGUGUCUGUGGCUUCAAUGCCAUCCUCCUCAUGUGCGUCAACAUCUUCUUCUACGCCUACUUCGCCUGAUGCUACCACCCUAGGCAGGAAGGCGGGAGCCCCGAAUCCUCAGGUCCACGCUUUUCCCUCAUGGGGACCCCGAGACCCCGAGAGGAGCAGAUUCUCCUCACAGCUGCACAAUGGCUCAGUCCCCAAGAACUGGCCAAGCCAGCAGAGCAGGAGCCCUGAAAAAUCAGGGGGGAAAUGGGAAAAAAGAAAGCAACAUUUCAAAAACAGCAUCAAAGCAGUCAUCAUUGGAAAGAAAAUUAGAUUUCUGAUGG